AGUAGAAUUUAAUUAAAGAUUCUAUAUUUAGAUGCCAAAGAGAAAGAAAUCUCUUACUGGUAGAGUGGGACGUGAAAGAGAAAGAGUUAAAAAGAGGCAGGCUAGAGAGAAACUUGCAACACGAGAUGCGUCCCCAGACGAGAAAGUGCCAGAGUCUUCUGUUCCUUGCGGGACGGAGGAUGGAGCUAUGUCAGCUCUUCCCGGUAAUUUUCCGGGGCUUGGUUCCAUGGGGUUACCACCUAAAGAGGAAAAACCCCUGGCCAGGAUGCAGGCCUCACCUCGAGUGAAAAUGCAUUCACCCGCCCCGAGGUUGCCACCUCCUCGGGGAAGUCGUCUGUUUGUCCGUAACGAGGGCAAGGCACCGUCCCCUGACUCCCCACCGUGGGUUUGUGCUCCACCGAGGGCACCUGGAUCGGACAUAGGGCAUAUGUCUGGUCCAGCAGGUCAGGCGCAGCUGGAUACCUCCAGGGAGGAGGAGACCAGUAGGAAGCUAAAAAAAGAUGAGGGCACUUUAACGAAUACUAAAAAGGAAACUGAACGAAUAUUAAAAGGAAAUUUGAACGAAUACAAUAUAGAAUCUGAAAUGAAAACAAAUGGAAAUGAGAAUGAAAACAAUGAGAAACAUAGUAAAUCAGAGAGUGACUGUAAAGAGAAGAAUGUAAGACAUGAAGAUCAGUAUUGGCACAAAGCAUCAAAGGAAGGUAAACAUGAAAUAUCCUUUUCAGUUCAAGGCUCAUUUCAUCAAGCUCAUCCUAUGUUUGAAGAGAAUGCUGGGACACAGUGUGUUGCAAAUUGUUUAGCUGGAUUGGCAUAUGACAAACUUAAGAAUGCAAAGAGUUGGACAACAAUGGAUAUGGACAGAAUUUUGAUGACAGGUGAUGAAUUGUACACAUAUUUGCAAAGAAGCUCAUUAAUCAGUGAAAGGUAUUUGCUUGUAGAGGAAUUACCACAAUUGUUUGAAUGUUUUAAUCGAUCAUACCAAUUUCAUGCAGACGAGUCAUUUGCAAGUGUUAUUUUGGCAGAUAAUGGAGUAAACUAUGCUGAGUUUAAUGCAUUACCACUUGAUGAUGCACUCCAAGUUGCUCUUACAGACAAUGAUGGCUGUUUUGUGUGCUUUGGUGGAAAUACUAUGCUUAUAGGAUCAACAGAAAGUGGCUUUUUUGCUUUUGACUCCCAUUCUAGAUCUGCUGAUGGAAUGUUAAAUGUGUCGGGAAAGAGCACACGAGUUUUAUUUCAGAAUGUGAAUGAAGUGUAUUCACAUCUUCAAAAUCUUGCUCUUUCAAUGGGCUAUUCAAAGAAUGUUGAAUGUAAUGUGUGUGGUGUAACAUGCAGAAUGGAUUUUAUUGUAAAUGAAUGUGGGUUGUUUGUGGAGGAAGAAGAUAUUGGUAAAAUAUCCCAAACACCAGAGUUAUCAGUGGAAACUACUGUUGAAAAGUGUAAUGCAAAUGAUGACUUGAUUUUCAUUAGUCAUGAGCAGGUACAAUUUAGUUUUUGCCCACUGUCUGUGAAAUUGAAAAAACACCUUAGUCAUAUUUUGAAAAUUCCUUAUAUUUGCACAGAAAAUUCUGAUAACAUCCAAUGUUCAAGAACUAAUAUCAGAGAACCGAGAAGUGAAAAGAACAUUCUAGGAGAUGGAAACUGCUUCUUUAGAGCUGUUUCAUUCAGUUUAACGAACUCUGAAGACUUCCACAGUGCAAUGCGCAAUGCAGUCUGUGAGCAUAUGAUGAGAAACAGAGAGUUAUUUAAGCCAUUCUUGAAAGAUGGUGUUGAUACUGUCGAAAAUCACCUUUCUUCCACUCAAAUGUUGCAAGAGGGUACAUGGGCUACUGAGGUUGAAAUAUUUGCAACAGCGCAUUUACUGAACACUGACAUUUACACAUUCUCAGAUGGAUGUUGGUGAAGGUUU